GUGUGACCUCACACGCAGACGCGCUUCAUCUCGAGUUGCGACUUUACGCCUGUUCACUUCCCUCGAACCAUACCAAACUCCAACACGCAACGAAAUCGAAAACACCGCAAUUGACAUCCCGAGAGCCGUAUGUCGAGAUCAGAGUAAAACAGUCUAACUUGCUAGUAUUGUCCAAAUUACCGUCAAAAUGCCUCCACGCCACCAAACCCUCCCACCAGCUCAAACCUCCUCCGCCCGCGAAGCCCUCCAAUCUUUCUACUGCCAACUAUGCCAAAAGGGAUACAGCCGCAUGAACGACUAUGAAGCCCAUCUCUCCUCCUACGACCACAGCCACAAGCAGCGCCUCAAGGAUAUGAAGCAGAUGGUGCGGGACCCCCAAGCUGCCGCACGUGCUAGGAGACAGGAGCAAAAGAAUGAGGGCGUCAUCUCCAUCAAGCUUGGAGAAGCUGCGGCUGGGGGUGCUGGUGCUGGUGCUGCUAGGGGCGGCGGCGGUGGGUUCAAGAAGGGCGGGUUCAAGAAGUCGGGGUUUAAGAGCGCUUUUGUUCCUGUUGCAGAAAAUAAAACAGCUACAUCGGCGAUUGCUGCACCGGCUCUAGCAACUAGGAGCGAUACAGCGCCGGACGGCCAAACGGGGAUUAAGAGGGCACCGAGAAGCGAACUGGUUGAGAGCGACACCGAAGACGAGGGAUAUGAGGUUUACGAUCCUAGGAAACCGACCGAUUGAGUGGGGAUUUUGUUGAAAAAUAUCAAUUACAGAAGUUGGUUGGGAAAGGAUGGCGACUACGAUGAACAGCAUUAAAACACGAGAUCUGCUAAAAGCAUCGGCAGGUGAUGGGAAGGAAGUCUAUCAGCAUU